UGUUUUGCGUAGGGCGAGAUGUUGUUUUGUUGUGGCGAUCAGCUGAAUGUGGCAUCGUUGUCCGGCCUGACACAGCAGUGGGAAGCACCCCGAGCCCCUACGGCUCACCCUCAACAGAAACACGGGCACCGAGAGCAGCUCUAUCCGGCGCAUCAUAAUCCAGGAAAUGCGGACUUCUGGCCCUUUCGCUACGGGAUAAAUGGCUGCAGCGCCCGCUCUGUAGCAAGCUGACUCAGUCAGCCUUGCAGGUGGCAAGGUGUUGAUUUAGAUGCAUGAAAUGCCAUCACCAGCAAGAGGGUUGCAUGGUUCCUGCUGCCCUAGACACACCUCCGACAGAUAACAAGACCCAUCCAGAAGCUGAACCACUAACACUUGAGAGCCAACAAAGGAGAUGCAGGAAGGACAUUAGGAGGGUUGUUAGCAUGGCUGAGACUGGACAGAAGCAGAGCUGCUUUGUACUGAGAAAUGACCUAUGUUUACCUGCAUCCAUGCAGCUCCAGGGCACCUUUUAAUGAUGCCGCGUUUGGUCCUCUUGAAUAACUUUAGGCCCUCACUGAAAAAGGCCCUUCUUUGUAAUUUACAACUCAGUCUGUCGAUGAUCCCUUGCCUCUGACCUCCCUGCUGCCAUGCGGUUAGCCCCAUGAGGCUCAGAGAGCCCUCCCUUACGUAUCUGUGAGGCCUCCUCCCCACUCUAUGGAGGCUGAGCCCAGCCGUCCGGGUGAUGGGGAGCGCUCUGGAAGGCAAGAGCAGCAGCAUGUGUCAGCUGAAUCCUCACAAGGGCCUUGUCCACCUCAGCAGCCCCAGCAGCCCCCUACUCCUCGUCCUGUACACAGAGCCUUGGGCCGCCUGCAAAAUCGCCAACCCAAACGCACUGACCUUCUGCUUCGGUUACAGCAGCAGCAAGCAGUAGCAUGGCAGCAUUCAGAUACACCAGGUCCCUCAGGAGGCAGCUUCUUCUCUCCAGCUUCCCCAUCAACCUCAUCCCUCCCCUCCACUUCUUCCACCCGGGGUGAACAUAGUCAAGGGGCCCCAUCUCAUUCAAGCCAAGAGAGCAAAGAAGUGGUCAGCUCACCCAGAAGAGGGGAGAAGAAACCCCAAAAACCAGGGAAAUAUGUGUGCACUUACUGUGGCCGUCCAUGUGCCAAGCCAAGCGUUCUUCAAAAACACAUUCGCUCCCAUACAGGAGAAAGACCCUAUCCUUGUGCCCCAUGUGGCUUUUCUUUCAAGACCAAGAGCAACCUGUACAAACACCGCAAGUCCCAUGCCCAUCGCAUUAAAGCAGGCCUGGCAUCCAGUCGUGAUGAACCCAGUUUGAGUGGACCAGAGGGCAGUGUCGUUGGAGAAGAUCCUGAAGAACCCACAGAGGGAGAAAGCACUGAGUCUGAGGAAGAGACAGGCCAACACAGAAAAUCCUCCUCUAAGGAGAUGUUGGGCCAGCAGAGGAAAGGUGUUAAGGAGCUGCUUGCUGGCUCAGAGGAGAGCCAGCGGCCUGAGGACUCCCAGGCUGUCAAACAAAGGCUAGCACUGAGGCUUAGUGAAAGGAAACGUGGCCCCAUGGCUUCUCCGGAUGACCCUCCUUCCUCCCUCUCCACCUCAUCUUCUUCUCUAGGCCCUGGGAGUAAGGGCAGCACAGAGUCUGGCUACUUCUCUGGAUCAGGAAGCACUGAUCUGUCCCAAGUUAGUCCUCCUAGUGCCAGUGCCAAAACCUACGCAGAAAUUAUUCUAGGGAAAUAUGGAAGGCUGGGUGGACAGCAGCGUAGUCCCCAUCAACAGCAGCCUUAUCCUGCACUUUCCUCAUCCUCAGGAACAGAGGAGAAGAGCAUUCCCUUUGCUGUUCCCAAAACGCAAGUAAUAGAACACAUUACCAAGCUUAUCACUAUCAAUGAAGCAGUGGUAGACACAAGUGAGAUUGACAGUGUAAAGCCCAGACGUUCAUCUCUGUCCAGGAAGAGCAGCAUGGAGUCACCCAAAUUUACUGCCCCUAAAGAUCCCUAUGCAUUUGAUCCCAAAGGAGAGGUCCCUGGUCCCAGUGGUUUGAGGUAUCUCCACAAUCCUGAGACAGAUCCAACAGGUACCCAAGAGCUUUCAACAGUGCCUCUGCUUAGAAGCCACUCAAUGCCAUCAUCUACCAGCCCACAAGAGCCCUCCACCUCUGGCACCAUAUCUUCCAGAGGUUACCGUCUCUGCCAGUCAUUCGAUGAGCAGCAAGCAUUGGUAGCAGAGAUGAGGGUUGGUCAUGCCCAGCGCAUGCUGAGGCGCCAGCCUGCCAUAGAAGUUCCCUUGGGAGCUGAGCUAAUGCUGGAGGAGACUGGCCCCACCUCCUUCUCCUCCUCCUCAGCCAGAGGCACUGAACUAGCCAGGCAGCCACAGCAACAACAACAGCAAAAGAGUCUGAGUCUGUUUGAAUGUGAAGCAUGCGGGGCUCGCUUCCAACACAGUGAAGGCUACGAGGCCCAUAAAGGCAUCUGCCCAGGACAGCAAACACUGGAACAUGAGAGUGGGGAUGCCAGUAAAACAUUCAGGGAGGAUCGUCCCCAGAUGAUGAUGCACUAUAAAUUCAGAGCGCUGGCCAUGGCUGUGAGGAAGAGGAGGAAAGAGGAGAGUCUGGAGGAGGAUCCUCCCAGCCCUGGGUCUGUUGCCAUGUCAGGCAGCUCUGCAGGAGUCAUCCCAGUGCCAAGCAGACCAGAGCACAGCCAGAGCCUCUCAGGUGUUUCUUUACAGACUGAGCCAAAACAACAGCAGCAGCAGGACAGAAAGGGUGUGUCUGUCAUCCAACACACAAGCUCUUUUGAGAAGCAGGAAAGUAUAUCCAUGGAAAGUCAGGAACCAGACCUCAGAGAGAGUCAGCAAACACAACAACCCGAGCCAAAACCAUCACCCUCUACAUCUCGCCUCAUCCGCCAGUCCAACAUCCAAGUGCCAGAGAUCCUUGUUACUGUGGAGCCUGAUGCUGACAUGCCAUCUGUGUCACCGCCAGUGACAUCAUCCUUAUCCAAGGAGGCCGAGAGGGUGGAGGAGUUCCAGUGGCCUCAGCGUAGCCAGACUCUGGCCCAGCUCCCUGCAGAGAAACUGCCACCAAAGAAGAAGAGACUCCGACUGGCAGAAGCAGCCCAGUCCUCUGGGGAGUCGAGCUUUGAGUCUGUGUCUCUGCCUCGCAGCACCAGUCAAGAGAGCAACAUUUCACACACUUCAAGCCUUUCUGCUUCUUUUGAGGAUACAUCAAGAUCAGAGCCUGCCAUCUGGGCCUCCAGUAGCCAAAGCUCACAAAUGUUGAUGGUGCCAUCCGCUUCCCACCAACACCACCAAAGCCACAAGGAGAUGAGGCGCUCAGCCUCAGAGCAGACCCCAGCCAGCCCCCAACAAACAGAGCAGACCUCAGAGACCAGAAGUAAGUCCUUUGACUAUGGUUCCCUGUCCCCUCAGCAGUCUGCAUCCUCCUGGAAGGAAAGGAGAAAGUGUCUCCUUGUGAAGCAUGCCACCUUAGGGGAACCUGAGCAAGAGGAGGGGGCCAGCAUGUGCCAGUUAUCCAGAGCAGAGAGUCCGAAGCCUGGGCCUUCCCGCUCCAGCCACCCUCCUCUUUACUCAAUCGAGGCAAGCCCUCAGUUAAGUCUGGAGGCCACAGGGAAAUGCUUGCAGCUGUUACAUCCACAAAUCCUCUCUCAGGAUGUGCUGCCUUUGCAGCCCAGAGGCCAGCAAGCGUUUCCUCCAGGAUCACUAUCUCAGCUACUCCCAGUCACCACAGCCAUCUCUGAAGUGCUCACCACCCAAAUCAUCCACAGAGACUUCUUACAUUCACAGACAACACCCCCACCUAUACAGGUACACCCAGCACAGAUCCACAUGGCAGAACGGUUGGGUAUACCACUCCAUCAGCUUUCGGCACUGGUUCCUCCCCAGUUCUCCUCAAGGACUAGAGCUAGUCCGACUCUGUACUUGCCUGUUCCUCCAAGACUUAUCACACAUGUUCCUUCCCUUCCCACUACAGAGUGCAGACCCUCCAUCUCUUCCAUGUCCUCUGCUCUUACCCAUCAGUCCCUUGUAACGAUCUCUUACCACCACCCACGCCCAGUCAUCGCCACAUGCCUGACUCAGUUUACACCAACAGUUUCCCUUGUGGUGCCAGUGCGCCUCCAGACCCAUAUACCUACCUAUGCUAGUGCCAUGUAUACCACCUUGUCCCAGAUCCUGACUUCCACCUGCUCACAGGAGCCCAUUUCUUGCACAGCUAUGGUCAUCAUGGGCCAGGUGGAGAGGGACAAACUGCAGAGGUCUUAUUUGAAGGUCCCCUCACCAGACAUCAAGAGUCUCCUUCCCCUGUCCCUGCCUACGGAGCUGGCCUCAGGAUCUGGGGACGGAUACGGUCCUCUUGGGGCUGGAGGAAGUAAACGCAUGCUCUCUCCUGCAGCCAGUCUGGAGCUUAGUACAGAGGCCCAGCGUCACCAGAAAAGGGUAAAAGAAGAAGAGGAGGGAGAGCAACAUAAGGCUGGAGAGGAGGAAGAGGAAGUAGAGGAGAAGGUACGAGAUAAGGACGAAAGUAAAGCCACUGGGAGAAAACUGGAAGAAGGAGAGAAGAAACUACCAGAGAGGGUUGAGGUGACUGCCGUAAAAGUGGAGGGGGAGCAGGAGCAAGCACAAAGAAAACCUAAUAGGGAGAAAAAGGAGGAGGAGCAGGAAUCAACAGGGAAGACAAGUCAAAAAAAGGAAGACGUGCCAGUUGUGGAAAAGGGGAUUGAGAAACCAAGCACCCCUUUAUAUCCCAGCCUCCACACCUCAACAACAGUCAACUGGUGCUACCGGAACUAUGUCAAACCUAACCCAUCUCCACAGAGGGACCCCAGUACCUCGGUUUAUUCUACCUGGAGUGUCAGUGCUCACAACCCCAACUUGCCGGGCCUCAGCACUAAGGUCGCCAUGUCUCUGCUGUGCUCCAAACAGAAGCACAGUUCAGAGACGUACACCAUGGCCAUGGCCCCGAUCCCAGCCAAAAGCAAAUUGCCCCCUGCCAGUAGCAGGACCCCACGUGUGUCAGAGGUACAUGCCACCCCACCCAGCACCGUCACUGAAGUAAAGGAUCAGGAGCACCAUGAAAAGGAGGAGAAUAAAGAGAUGGGAGAAGAGGAAGGACCCUCCACCUCCAAACAGAGUGAGGCCUCUCGUGUUCGCAUCUUCGAAGGCGGGUAUAAGUCUAAUGAAGAGUAUGUUUACGUGAGGGGUCGCGGCAGGGGAAAGUAUAUCUGUGGAGAGUGUGGCAUCCGCUGUAAGAAGCCGAGCAUGCUGAAGAAGCACAUCCGAACGCACACUGACGUCCGUCCGUACAUUUGCAAACACUGCAACUUUGCCUUCAAAACCAAAGGGAACCUUACUAAACACAUGAAGUCAAAGGCUCAUGGGAAAAAAUGCCAGGCAAUGGGAAUAUCUGAAUCAUCCCUGGACGACCCGGAGAGUGAGGAAACAGCAGGAUGUGAAGAACGUGUGUGUGGUUCAGAGGAACAGGAGGACCAUCAGUUUUCAGACGUGGAGGAGUCUGAGGAUGAUGAUGAUAACGAUGAUGAUGAGGAGGAGGAAGAGGAGUCCGCAUCUCAUGAUGACCCGCCAUCCUCCUGUUCGUCAGACACCCAUCCAUCAACAGGGGGGCGUUCCAGCUGCAGUAGGCAAUCUCAGCAGGGCACACCUGAGCCUGAGGCCCAAGGUCAGGAGCCCUCCCCGAGGGGAGUUUGGCACAGCAGACGAGCCGCCUCGCCAGGCAGCAGGAGAGCACUCUUCUCCCAGCGAGGCUGGAAAGCAUCACCAAGAACUUUCUCCCCCAGCAGCAAGAGCUGUUCCCCAAGCCGCAGCCUCUCCCCACGCCUGGAGCUGUCCUCACCCAUACACAGCCUCUCCCCUAGGACCAAGCUGCCCUCACCUGGCCGACAUGUCUCACCUUCCCCUGAGAGAGGACCAUCUCCCAUCAGACCCCUUUCUCCUCUUCGUCCAAUCUCUCCCAGCUGCUACUGGCCAUCACAAGCUCGGACCCCUCCCUUGCCACUUGGGCUGCAGCACAGGACCCCUGGAUACCUGCCCUGGGAGAGCCCUGGUACACAGGGCAGUCAUGUCACACCCGACAAAAGUGGUAUGGCAGGAGAAAGGCAAACAUCAGAAACCAGCUUGUUUCCACCUGCUUUUCGUCUUUCCACCUGUGAGGGUUAUCCUGGCCACCAAGCAACAGACAACAUCUUUAGCCAUCUUCCCAUGCACUCUCAACAAGCCAAGGUCCCCUAUCUAAUGAUCCCCAUUGGUGGGAUCCAAAUGGUACAGGCCAAACCAAGGUCCCAUCCUACCACCCUCUCGUCCCCAACAUCUCCCCCCAUGGAAGGGCCAUCACUGGCCAGGUUUGAAUCAUACUGGGGCGGGACCCCCAGAACUCAAGGGCUUAGGACUCCUGGAGACCACUGGUCAGAGCACCAGGCAGCAGGAACCAGUCUGUCAGGGCAGUGCAGUCUCAGCACAGCACUAACAUGUUCCAAGCCGGAGUUGGAGACCACAGACUCAAAGCAAUAUGGCAGCUCACAUAGCUCCGCCCACACUCGCAGGUCUGCCACUGAGACCACCGAACGCUGCAGCAGAGACAAUUUUUCCAGAGCAUCCCUCAGUCUAGCAGCCCCCUUAGCCUCGCGUGUCAUUGGACAGCAGUCAGAGGGGGAGGAGCCACUACCUGGAAGUGACCUGGUGGAAGGAGGAGCCGAAGGAGACUGCCAGAACAGAUCAGAGAACUUAACAGUGUCAACACCUUGAUGCAUCAUGCAUCCCAUUUUUGCUUUAUUGGUUGCUACACUAGUCUUGUUUUUUAAUUGCUUUGUUUUUAUACAGUUUUCAAUACAAUUGUUAACUUAAAUGUUUGUUCUUUGGCAAUAUUCAGGUUUGUUAUAAAAAAAAAUGCACUUUUUUCUUUGUGAAAAUAAUGUUUCUGUAAAUCUAUACAUAUAUAUAAAUAUAAAUUAUAUAUAUAUGAAUAUAUCCCUCCUGUAUCUCUAUUGAUACUGGUAAUCUUAAUGUCUGUUUAAAUACAUGUAAAAUGAAUAUGAAUACAUUUGUAAAUGACCAAAAUCUUAAAUCAAAAAUAAUUCCAUUUUUGUUUGUCCAAAUUUUGUCCAGUAUUACUCAAAUUGUAGUUACUUGUGCCUUUUCUGUCCAGGUUUGUGUUUUGAGGUGUACAGUUCACAUAGACAAAGAGAAGGCUGUGAAAUUUUAUAUCCGCUUUUUGUGUCAUUAAAGAGGGUUUAUAUUUGGUGUUCUUAUUGUUUCUGUUCUUCAGGCCAUUGCUUUAAUGCCAGGGUAACCAAGAGUUGCAUCGCGGAUAUAUUGAAGGAGCAGCAGAAACGUGUGAGAGGAAAUGCACUGAAGUUCUAUUUUUUAUUACAAAAGACUUUAGAUUAGAAUAUAUCUCUGUACAGGGAAGAGCGCUCCUUAUUUAUUGUUAUUUGAUGACAAUGAUCAUUGUUUCAAAGUUGUUGUUUUUUUAACUUUUUUGUUAUUUGAAAAAAAUGACGUUUUCUUUGUUACAUCUGUGUGUCUUUUUCAUGAUGUUCUUGUGACUUGAAUUGGUGACAAAGAUGAGGGAUUGAGUUUGGCUGGUACCGGAAGAUCAAGUGCCCUGCAGAUUUCACACACAGCAAAAUUUCUAGUCAUUGAAAAAAUAAAAAAAAAUGCACCACACUUCCUUGAGGUUGUGCCU